AUGGCCGCCGCCGCCAAGGAUGAGGCAGACAGGAUCGCAGUCGCUGCAUCACGCGCCCUCCAGCAGAUCAGCUCAGCAGCCCACGCACGCUCACUCACCCAGCCCAGCAACACAACCACAACACCCACACCACCAUCACCAAACCCACGCCAACACCCAGAACAGCCCCCGCCCAGCAAGGACGACAUCCUCGACAUCUUCAUGUCGCCCGACAAACCCAAAUCCAGACUGCGCCAGCUGGCCGAGAACAGCGCCAAGAAAUUCAGCCCGAGACCAUCAUCCCUAGCUCUCCAGGCAGAGAACGAGAACAGCGGGGCCGAACACUUCGUUCUCAACCUGGGAAUACCCACCAAACCUAUACCCACCCUUGCCGACUACAAGCCACCGUCCAGGCGAUCAAUCGGACCCAGGCGAUCAUCCAUUGUCUCCAAACGAGCCUGCAGCCCCACCAAAUCACCCAAACCACCCAUCGAGGUCCUCCUCGACGACCUCGACAUCCUCGAUCGAUCCCGAUCCACCAAGAGCCCUUUCGAACCUACCACGAAGAAACCGCUCUCCAAAUCCAAAUCCACAACUCGCUCGACCCCCAACAAGAAAUCACCCCCAAGCGAUCCUCCUGCCACCAGAAGGACACGUCGAUCGACCAUCUCAGCUAUCACAAAGGAUGAUCAUUCCAGCACACAGUCCAGAACGCGCGACAACAAGACUGUCGAUCGCGGCGACGGGCCUGUAGAUGACCAAUCAUCUGAAGAAGAAUCGGACUGCUCUAGUGAUUCAUUUGACGCCAAGGUACUGCUUGUCAAAGCUGAAACAGAAGAAGAAGAUUCGGUCAUCGUCAAUCCCGUCCGACCGGCGACGCGUAGCCGAACUGCCACGAAGCCCAAACGAGUCAUCUCAGACAGUGAUGAAGAGGAUGAUGACAGUCGAUCUCUUGGCUCGACCUCAUUCUCAUCAUCAAAGUCACCCAGACAAUCCACUACAACCAUUAAACCCACGGCGCCUCGUCGCAGCCAACGCAAGAGCUCAUUAAGAGCCAGUCAUAGCCAACAGAAAUCUUCGGCGGUUGGCGAGAUCAUCGACGUGGAUGAUGAUACCGAGAGCGAUGAUUCAAUUGAGAUUCAACCAUCCCGAGCCCUUCAAUUCCAGAAACUCCGGUCACAAGCGCUUACAACCGGCAGUUACUCAACAAGCUGCGAUCCCUUGAAUGAGCCGAUUCGCACAACCAAUACCAUUCCAUCACGUAACAAUCGCCGUGUGGUCAUCAGUAGUGAUGAAAGCUCGAGCGGUGAAGAAGAAGAGAUCCAAAUCAGACCCACAGAUAACCAUCUUCCCAAGCCUGCCCCUAAGCUGAUCCCAGCCAGUAAGCCAACAACCGGUGAUCAAAGCUCCAGCGGCGAAGAAGAGAUCCAGAUCAGGCCCAAAGAGAACCGUACCCACUCUUCCCCAAGAAUGACCCCAGUAAGCAGGAGACGCCAUGUCAUCAGCAGUGAUCCAAGCUCGAGUGACGAGGAAAGAAUCCAGAUCAAGCCCAAAGAUAACCGACCCAAGGCUUCACCCAAACCGGUCCCAGCGAGCGAUGGCGACAAACCGAAGGCCAAAGGGGCAGCAACCAAGAGUCGUGGCGGCCAGUCGAAAAAGCCAGCCAAGCCAGCCCCCAAGGCGCCCUCGAAGCCCGAGCUGGCAUCGCUUCCAUUCGUCCAAGUGCGCGAAGAAAUGGCGCAAGACUUGCUUGUCGAGCUGAACAAGAGGGUGUUUGGGCGCCAGCUGCCGGCCAUCCAGUUGGUCUGGAGCAAGCGCUUGAACACCACCGCCGGCAGGGCCCAUUACAUGCCCCAGAAGGACUCCCUCGGCAACCGCGUCGUCUUCGUCAAGGUCGAGUUGGCCCUCAAAGUCGUCGACGAUGUCCAUAAGCUCAGGAACACACUUGCUCAUGAGCUGUGCCACGUCGCGUGUUGGUUCAUUGAUAAACAACUGAGGGAAAACCAUGGUCGGUUCUUCAAGGCUUGGGGACGCAAGGUCCAUCAAGCCUUCCCCGACAUUGUCAUCACCACUACACACAGCUACAAGAUUGUUUAUAAAUUUCAGUGGGCCUGUAACGGUCCGAAUUGUACUAGAAUAUAUGGAAGACAUUCGGACUCGAUCAAGCCGGCGCGCCAGCGCUGUAUGUGUGGCGGAGGGUUAGUGGCGAUCCUGCGGAACGGGAAGCCGGUGGAGACGCCGGCGACGCCGGUGGCUCCGACGACGCCGAGCAGUGCGGGGGACAGCUCGAUCGAGCUGCUCAUCGACCUGGACUCUCCGGGGCCGUGUUCGGACGACGAGCGUCGUGGGGCGCCGCCGGCCGGGCCGUCUUCUCGGCCCUCUGCAUCGUCACCAGCAGCCGCCGCCGUUUCCCGAGAGCCCAACCCGUAUCUCUCCGAGCUCGAGGAGAUCGACCCCGCUCAUUUCCUCAACCCCUACCUCGGCGAACUCAGCCUGCUCGACCCCACACCCUUCCAGCCUCCCAACCCUGCUGCCCCGCAGCAACACCCUCCUGCCGACGAGCGCUUGGUCGACCAGCUCGCCCUGCUCGCCGUCCAUCCCAAUUAA